AUUUAUAUUAUGUAAUGGCGAUCGAAAAAACACCCAAAAUCGAAGCCCAAGUCGUGGAAGCUAUUCGUAGAUUACAGGCCAUUCAAGGAUCAACUCCACGAGAAAUCAGUAGUUAUAUUGCACAGGAAUAUAAUAUUCCUAGUUCUGAAAUUAGACGUCACGUUCAUAUUGCCUUGAAACGUGGUGUGACUUAUGGAAUUCUUCAGCGUUUGAAAGGGGGAUGCUAUACUUACAAUCAAGACUUCUUCGGUAGCGAAUGCUUAAACAGCGGCGAUGCCGAUGUCCAAGAGCGUUGCAAAAGAAGAAGAAGGAAAUUGGUGAGUAGACGAAGAAGUGGUAGAGCUCGACGAAGAUCUCGUAGACGAAGAUUACGAAGAAGAAGAAGAAAAUCUUCUGGGAGAAGAAGGAAAUACGGAAAACGAAGAAGGGAAGCGUUUCCGAAGGAAAUCGUCGGACUCGAGAUGACCACCGUGACCAAACAACCGACGAAAAGCAGCAGCCUCUUAGCGAAAGAUACUUCGCAAAGCAACCAUUCUACCAUCUCUGGAGAUUCUGAGGCAAAGCAAGAAUAACUCUC